AUGCCGCCAAGAGAAGAAUUCCCUACAAAAGCUCUGGAUGGUGCUCCAAGUAAUGAUAUUGGGUGGUAUUUUGGAACGCCAGAACCCGGAAGUCGCAACAAUGUUCGUUGCAAACUUUGUAAUGUGGUAGUAAAAGGUGGGAUUACAAGAUUGAAGCAACAUAUAGCACAUAUGAAAGGACAAGUUGCAGGUUGUGCUAGAGUAACAACUAUGGUUAGAGAAAAUAUGAUGAAACUUCUACUUGAUUCAAAAGCAAAGAGAAAUGAUUCUAAAAGAAGAAAAGAAGAAUUUGAAGAACGUUUAAGAGGAGAUGUUGAAGAUGAAGAUGAAGAUGUGGAUACUCUUAUUGAUGAUCAAUUGAGAUAUGCAACACAACAAAGCCUUAGAUCACAUCAAGAAUGGGAAAAUAUACAACAGUUCAGACGAGAAACAACAGGUUCUGGAAAUGUAUAUGAACAUGGCGGAAGCUCUCGUGUCAGUGUUAGUGGGGCUGAAAGGCCAGAAGAUAUCUCUUUUUCUUUGAGAUCUACUAAUAUUGAUCUUGUUAGGAGCAAAAGCAUGAAGCAACCAAGAGCUGGUAAAGGGUUUUUGAAGACAUGGAGGAAAAGGCUUGGAGAGGCUGUAAGCAAAUUUAUAAUUUAUGAACGUUUGCCUAUGAAUUUAUCUAACUCUCCUUGGUUACAUAAUUUGCUUUAUACUGCUUCUGAGGUUGGAAAAGCAAAAUGUCCAACUCCUUAUGAAAUCUCAAAUGUUUACUUAGAAGCUGAAUAUAAGGAAAUGUUGGAGUGGAUAAAUGGUAUGAAAAAAAUUUGGCAAGAAAGAGGAGCAACAAUAAUGUGUGAUGGUUGGACAGACAGCAUCAACCAUACUCAUAUUAUGAAUUUCUUGGUAUAUUGUCACAAAGGUACUGUGUUUUGGAAGUCUGUUGAUGCUUCUGAUGUUGAUAGUAGAAACACUGAAUACUAUUUUCAAUUGUUGGAUAAAGUUGUGGAAGAAGUGGGUGAAGAGUAUGUAGUUCAAGUGGUAACAGACAAUGAAGCCGCAUUAAAAGCGGCUGGUCAAAAGCUUAUGGAGAAGAGACCCCAUUUAUAUUGGUCUUCUUGUGCUGCUCAUUGUUUAGAUCUUUGCUUGGAGGAUAUAGGAAAAAAGAAAAGCAUACAAAACUUAUUAAGUGAAGCAAAAAUGGUGACAACCUUCAUCUACAACCAUACGUAUAUUGUGAGUCUCAUGAAAAAAUAUACUGGCGGUAGAGAUAUUGUUCGUCCUGGUGUUACCCGAUUUGCAACACAAUUUCUACAACUUCAAGCAAUUGUUAGACAAAGGGAAGGUCUUGAAAACAUGUUCAAUUCUGAAGAAUUUAGAAAAACAAAAUAUGGUAAAGAGAAGAAAGGACCGGGAUAUGAAGCAAGAAAAAUUAUUAUGAGUAGGGACUUUUGGAGUAAGGCCAAUGAUAUUUUGAAAGUAUUUGAGCCUAUUGUAAAAGUUUUGAGACUAGUGGAUGGUGACGAGAAACCAACAAUGGGUUUCAUAUAUGAAGCCAUUGAUCGAGCAAAACAAGCAAUUCAACAGAAUUCUCGUUAUCAUUCCAAAUACAAUGAUAUCAUUGACAAACGUUGGAAAUUCAUGCACUCUGAUCUUCAUUCUGCUGGUUAUUUUUUUAAUCCACAAUUUCAAUAUGGAAUCGAGCAUGGGAAAGCUGUUUACAAAGAAACAUUUAAUGGAACAAAGGAAGUAAUCAUGAAGCUAGAAAGAAACAUGGACGAUCAAAUCAAAGCUCUAAACCAAAGAAAAGAGUGA